GACGGGGUUUCACCAUGUUGGCCAGACGGGUCUCGAACUCCUGACCUCAGGUGAUCCACCCACCUCCGCCCAAAGCGCUGGGAUUACAGGCCUGAGCCACCGCACCUGGCCACUGAGUCUUAGUUUUCUGAGGCUAGUUCUACAUCCUACGAUCAUGUCCCCCGCCCAGAGAAGACCCCAACAUAGGCCGCGCUGCUCCUUCCGUCAACCGGCUUAGAGCUUCUCCUGGCAACAGGGUUCAGGCUGCCAACAAGGCCUUCCUCAAGACCCCACCCACAACCAACGACCAUACUUCGUGGGUCCAUCUUUGUAUCAUCUUUACUUCCUUGGAGCAAAUUCCCAGGAAUGGGUUUUCGGGGUCCAAGGGUAUGCACCUCUAGCACUACGACAAAUGCUGCCAACACGCUUCAGGGAAACGGUGCCCGAGUUUGCAUUCUGCUUCCCCUGCCCUGCCCUGGGGGUCUGACUGGUGAAACAUGGGAAGGCAGAGUGGUCGGGUGUUUCUGAUUCCACGGUGGGCCGGGGUCUUUUCCUACCCUCGGGAACCGUCUGAAUUUCUCCUCUGCCGAGUUCCUGCGGGUGUCCUUCGCCCACCGGCCCGGGGGAGUGACUGGCAGGCACCAGGUGAGCAGGCCUCCGCUAGCAGCGGCUACGUGCACGGGCAGGAGCACCGCCCCACGCCCCAGGUGGCCGCAGGGUGAGGGGACCAGGGGGCGGGAGUCUCACUAGGAGGGGCACGCCCGUAUCUCUAGCCCGGCCGGCAGCGGGCAGCGAGGCUCAGUCCUCGCCCCUUCUCCCAGCUGCUAUUCGGGGCUCCCGCGGCGCUCACAGGGGUCGACUGCGUCCAUGGGGCACAACCCAGGGGCUAGGCUAAGACGCCACACAGGACAACCACCCCCAGCGACAUCCACCCCCGACGACGCCCCGCGCCCCAGGGACAGCAGGGCGGGUCCGAGAACCUCCUCGCCGGAAGCGGAAGUGCGUCACGGCAUCGGCCGGCAAGCACGCACGGCGCAGACUCACUGUGGUGGCGUGACCCGGAAGCGCUCGCCGAGGCCCCUCCUUGCCCGCUGAUAUCUCUGCCGGGUGACUAGAUGCUUCCUUUCUCUCGCGCGCGCGGUGUGGUGGCAGCAGGCACAGCCCAGCCUCGAAAUGCAGAACGACGCCGGCGAGUUCGUGGACCUGUACGUGCCGCGGAAAUGCUCCGCUAGCAAUCGCAUCAUCGGUGCCAAGGACCACGCAUCCAUCCAGAUGAACGUGGCCGAGGUUGACAAGGUCACAGGCAGGUUUAAUGGCCAGUUUAAAACUUACGCUAUCUGUGGGGCCAUUCGUAGGAUGGGUGAGUCAGAUGAUUCCAUUCUCCGAUUGGCCAAGGCCGAUGGCAUCGUCUCAAAGAACUUUUGACUGGAGAGAAUCACGGAUGUGGAAUAUUUGUCAUAAAUAAAUAAUGAAAACCUA